AUGAGUCAAGCUCCACCUACUACCAAGGAUCUUGAGAACCAGCUCCGUGGCAUGAUACUCGGCAAUGUAACCAUCGCCAGUGGACAGAGCCCCCACGACAACCAGCCAGGCCAGUAUCGAGGACGCGGUCGUGGCCGGGGCGGCUCUCAACGUGGCUCAGGUCCGAAUCAUCGUGGCGGUUAUGCUCAUCACAACAACGCCAGAGGCGUACCGUAUUAUGGGAUGGGAUCGCCAUCCACACGUGGCGGUAGACCUGACACCCAGAACAACGGAAUGAGCCCUCGUUAUCAACAACCACAAAACUACGCCCAUGCUCAACAGCGAAACGACGCCUCUCCGCAAAUUCUGCAACGACCGCAAGGUGGUUUCAAUCAGCCAGGGCAAGGACCUAGAGGAGGUGGCGCUCAUCAGUAUCCUCGUCCCCAGUACGCUCAGAAUGGCUACCAGAGCCAGCCGAGGAUUGAUGCGGCAGCCCAGGUGCAGUUCAUGGAGGAGAUCGUCGGACGUGAGCUUCCUAAAGUCCAAAUGACUGAAGCCGAAGCCUCAAAGCACAACGCAUUCAGGAACGGUCUGGAGACAAUCAUACGGCAAGCGUUUGCUGAACAUGGCGGCGAAGAUCUUGAUCACAUCAAGGACAUCUCUCUGGUAGCAUUCGGCAGUCUCGGCUCCGGCUUUGGUCUGCCUGGUUCUGACAUGGACCUCGCCGUGGUGCCCCAGUGGCACGAUCCCUCUCGAGCUGAAGAGACCGAGAUCGGCCCUAGAAUUCCCCGUGUCCUUGAGAAGGCGGUUCUCGAUGCAAAGAUGGGGGGCCGUCUGCUCACUCGUACACGGGUGCCGAUUUUGAAAGUAUGCGAAACCCCGACAGACACACUGUACACCGCCCUCGACGACGAACGCAAAAAGUGGGAAGGUCUUCCCGAUGAGGAGAAAUAUCCCCAAACACCGCCUUCAAUAGACCUUACAGUGCCGCCUCCGACUUCCGACGAGAAAGUCCUGCAGGCUGUAGGGCAGAAAAAUGGAGCAGGAACCAAGCAGACGUCCGAAAUUGCGGCAACAAAAAGCUUGACUGAAGCGACUACCGAGAAAGCGUCUCCCGCCGUAUCGAAGUCAGACUCAACCGACCCCUCAACUACCGCAGUGGUCAAUAAGGAGCACCAGAAUCGUCCAGAGAAGCAGUGGCAUCGUGAGAAAGUCCUCGGGCCUCUUGACUUUCCGAAAAGCGGUGUUGGCAUCCAGUGCGAUAUCAACUUUGCGAAUCCACUAGGCAUUCACAAUACCCACAUGCUCCGUUGCUACUCUCUCACGGAUCCUAGAGUUCGACCCAUGGUUUUGUUCGUUAAGGCUUGGGCUAAGCGUCGCAAGAUCAACAGCUCUUACUCAGGCACGCUCUCAUCGUACGGUUGGGUCUUGAUGGUCCUUCACUACCUUGUCAAUGUUGCGUCACCGCCAGUCUGUCCAAAUUUGCAGCACUAUCUGCCACACGCAACUGACAUGAAUUCCCUGGCCGAACGCUUUAAGGACGCGACGACCAUUGGUGGAUAUGAAGUUCGAUUCUGGCGUAACGAAGAGGAGAUUAUUAGAGCAGCACAAGAAGGACGAUUGAUGCAGAAUCGCCAACCCCUGGCAUCGCUUCUAUGCGGCUUCUUCCGAUACUUCGCCUCGCAGGGUGGUCAUUAUGGGCGCCAAAACAACUUCUACUGGACAUCCGAGGUGCUCUCUCUCCGCACACCCGGCGGCAUUCUUUCGAAGCAGGAAAAGGGGUGGGUCAGCGCCACAACUAUCGUCACAGCAGAGAAGAAGGUUACCAACCGAUACCUCUUUGCUAUCGAAGACCCCUUUGAGGUCGACCACAACGUGGCAAGGACUGUGACUCACCGCGGGAUCGUUACUAUCCGUGAUGAGUUCCGUCGCGCUGGAAGAAUUCUGGUGGCUGUCGGUAAGGGCAUGGAGCCUGAGGGAGGGCUCUUUGAUGAACUCAUCGAAGAGGCUCCAGCGCCAGCCGCAAAGAGUGAACAACCCGAGGCCAAGAAGACCGACGGAGCUGUACCCAAAAACUGA